UUCAGUGGGUAGAAAUGACAGAAAGAAUAAAUGAGUUGAAAGUUUUUGGAAGUUGAAAAAAACCUCUCCAAAAUGACAGAUACGGUCAGUAGAUGCCUGAAUCAUAUGCACGACUUGUUGUYGAUGAAUUCUCCUCAUCGUGGAGUCGAUUCAGCGAAUCAUGUGGUCGAUUUGAGCACGUUCUGUCUUCAAAGCGUUUCAGACUCAGAGUUGGCUUAUUGCUCAUCUUUGCUCUUCAAUGAAAGCAAUGGCAUUAUCAGUUUCCUGCAGAAAACAGUGGGAAAUAAUGAGUUUGCAGAGAGUAAGACAGAAAUCUUGAAGUUCCUAAAGUCAUAUAUCCAAAAGCUGGAAAGCCAUGUKAACCCCUAUGCUGUUGAAAUAAAGGAUAUCUGUGUGAAGCUUUUUUCACUGGAACAAACAAGUAAAGUAAAAGUGGAAACCUUUCCUUUAUUAGUUCAGUUACUGGGGAUGAAGCUUGAGAAGUCUGUUGUUGACAAACUGGAUGUCCCAAAAUUGGUUGACAAAUAUUUCAGUGCUUGUAUGCAGUCUUYAAAACAACAGUCCACAGUGCGCCAUUGGAUUUAUGYAAUUCUUGGUAUUUUUGCUGAGGAAUUCCCUGAGUACAUGAUCAACUAYUCUGACAGGCUUCUUUUGAUUUACAUCAACAUACUUAAAUCUGAGAUGGUUAGCAAGAAAUCAAAGAAACCAGAUAUGACAGUGAUUGCAGGCUGUUUGAAGGGCCUGACGUCAUUUCUGGUCAACUUUACUCAGUCAGUUGAAGAAGGUUCAAAAUUUUCCAAAGAUAUUUAUGGAUUUGUAAGAAGAGCUGUUGAUCCUCAAGUUGACCUGACUCGAUAUGAAGUCCCUAGAGCUGGUCUUAACCUUUUUGCAAAGCAUGCUGGGCAGCUUAUUGGAUACAUGACGAAUGACUAUCAGGCUUYGUAUGAUUGUUUUUAUCGCUGGUGUUGUCAUCAUAACACAGAAACUAAGUAUGCUGGUAUUGCUGCAAUGGACUCAUUUUUGAAAGAAGUGUCAGAGUACAUUAUUUCACAACCCCAAGAAACGUUGGACUCCAAGAAGAUUUUUAAGUACUUCAUCAUGAAGUUCAGGUCUAUUCUUGACACCAACACAAGCGAUACUCGUCAAAUGGCCAUUGGAAUUAAAGGUUAUGGAUUCUUUGCUAAGYCAUGUAAGAUGUUCAUGAAGACAGAGGAUGUAAAGUUUAUGUUUACAGAAAUGAUGCAGCGAAGUGAGCAAAUCUAUCUCAGCAAAGGAGAACUCAUUGAAGACAGAAUCCACCAGCUUCCAAAUUUCCUGGAGGCUUUGUCAUUUAUCAUCGAAGAACUAGACGAGAUCACGGACGGCUUUCUUGUGUCCCUCAAGAGACUUAUCAUAGUCCUGUUUGAACACUUCCCCAAGUUAACCAAAGGACCCAGAUUCCUUUGCUWCAGGUCUCUGGUGAAGCUGUUGUUUAACUUGUCAACCAAGGGAGCCGUGCUCAAGUAUUUACUCUCGCAAAUCAUUUAUCAUGGUCUCAUAAGGACUUGCUCUCAUCCUGUUGUAAUUUCCGAGGUUGACGAUGAAGGCAUGGAAGCAAAUGGUUUACAAAGACGACAGAAAGUUUCGUACAAGGAUUACCUUGAGCUGUGGGAGUAUCUGCUUGAUAAGAAUAAGUUUAAGCAUCUCAACUUAUUGGCUACAGACCUGGAGAAGAGAGAAGCCAUGCAUGAGAUGGUUUACGAUGAAAUGAUUCAAGCAAUUUUGAGAAUUAUCCACAAACUAGACUUGACAUCUACAAAAGAUGGUCAAUCAGACGAUCAGGGCGAGGACACCCAAGAAAGGUCCACCUCUGGCCCCAGUGAUGCAGACAAGACUGAUUUAGUAUUGUCUGACCCUGUUGCUGGCCUGCAGCCGCGAGUACAGAAAGAUUUUCUUGUGUUCAUCAACCUAGUAGAUUUUUGCAAGGCAGUUCUACCAGUGCACUGUAACCAAUCGUUUGAACGUUGGAUCUACGUUUUUGGGAGAGACAUUAUCGUUUUGUCAACAAGGUUUCCAGUCAUUAGUGGGUUCUACAAACUUCUCCAGGUGACCAUGAAGAUURGCAAGGAGAUUCGUUUCUUCAAGGACAUCAAAAUGGAAAACCAGAAGACCGCUGAAGAUAUGGAUAYAGAGGUCGCAGACAACAGUGAUUGUACCAACUGCUUUGUUCUGUUCAGAAAGUUUAUCCAAGAGGUUUUAGUAAAGAUGAAGCAAUACAAGGAGGACCUGCUUUCUUCCUGUCUCGAGCUUGUCGUGUCUCUGCCACACGAGUUGGUCCUGCUUGACGUCUCUAGUAUUGUUCCMGCUCUAGAGCUGACGUUGAAGCUUGGUCUUAGUUACCCUCCUCUAGCUCAGGCAGGCAUUGAUGCCUUGGAGUCGUGGAACGAGACCCUUCCUCAUGAUGUAUUGAGACCUUACUUUAAAGACAUUCUGCCUUGCUUUGAUGGGUAUCUGAAGAGCACUGUAGAAUCAGAUAAUUUCUCCCAAGAGGCAAGCAAAACAAUUACCAUGGCAACGGCAACGUCAUCAACAAGGGGAAGGAAGAUCCCUGUAAAGUUGUUAAAAUCUUCAAAAGUCGACAAAGAAAGCACAGAAGGUCCGCUAAUCAAGAUAAGAAGCCGYAUUCUUCGCCUUCUCGGUACUCUAGGAGGUGCUGUGAAUCUCGGUCUCCUUGGAUCCGACAUCGCUGUUGAUCCAUCUCGAGCCGUUGCCUGGGAUACCACAAACCAUCUGUCGUUCGCUGUGCCAUUUCAAGACAUGAAGCCAACUAUAUACCUCGAUCCAUUUUUACCCAGAAUCGUCGAGCUGGCCACUACGUCUAGUAAUCGACAGACCAAGGUAGCCGCGUGUGAGCUGCUUCAUUCAUUGGCUCUCUACAUGCUGGGAAAAGGUGUUACACAACCUGGUCACAAGAGCCUCAUGGAAAAACUGUGGAAACGAAUAAUCCCAGCUCUCCUCCAACUUGCCUGUGAUGUCGAAAGGGUUGCAGCACARUUAUUUCGUCCUCUUGUAUCUCAACUUAUUCACUGGUUCACGAACAAUCGCAAGUACGAGAGCCCAGAAACCAUGGCUUUACUCGAAGCUUUGCUGGACGGAGUAAUUCAUCCAACGGAUACAGCUCUGAGGGAUUUUACUGCACAGUGUUUGAGUGAAUUCCUUCAAUGGUCCAUCAAGCAAACGACACAAAAGCAUUUAGCAAAAAGUCCUAUCAAUAUCAAAUCUCUGCUGAAGAGACUCUACAGCUUGGCAUUGCAUCCAAGCGCUUCUAAAAGACUGGGAGCUGCGCUGGCGUUCAAUAAUAUCUACAAGGUAUUCAGAGAGGAAUCGUCGUUGGUUGACGAGUUUGCACUGGAGAUUCUUGUAACWUAUCUGGACAGUCUGGCSCUGGCUCAUGCUGAUGAUCUCGCUCAGGGUACUCAGGAACAAUGUAGACAAGUAAUUUUACACAUGGAAAGGAUCAUCAAAGUAAAGGCUGGGCUUCUCAACAAAGAAAACAAAAACAGACGAAUACCAAGGGGUUUCGAGAAASAACGGAACAAACGCGACGARCUUGGAAGCGUAACCCUGAGUCACGUGAUGCCUUGGUUGAUCAAACACUGUGGGAAACCGCAGACYGAGUGUAGACASCAGUGUAUGAGACUUGUUUGUCAGCUGGCUCAUCUGUUACCAGGAACAUCGUCUGCGGAGUUAUGGAUGAAGAGGACACACGAGGAAUAUCCUUCUUACUUCGUACACAGGUUUGAAGGCGGUGGUGGAGGUAAAAAUGGCCUCCUUACCUACCCCAYCCUACCUGAUUUGGGCGGUACGUUUUCUCUAAAAGAGACUUUGAUCUGGUAUGACUUUCUUCUUGCUUCYCUCGAUUGCUACUCGUGGGCGUUUGGAGAACGAAUUCUCUCUCCUCGGGAUGUUUUUGUUGACUCGGCACCGGAAGUAAARUACAAAAGUGUAUUGUUCCGUUCUUUACGUCACUUCCUGUCAGAACUUGCCAUGUUUAGUAUCCAGGCCGCUGCCGGGUGUUUCAAGUCAACUUCAUCAUCUAGAGGAACGGAAGACGUCUUUAGUCCGAAGGAAAUCGACGAAUACAAUAGGGCCAAAUGUACGGUUAUAGUGAGGACCAUGAAUUUCGUCACAGUUCUACUUCAGGGAUACGCCAAAGAAAGCCUUCAGGUGGUCCCUACCGACUUCUGGAACGAGUCACUUUUUAACACCAUUCUGAGUUGCUUGCUGGAACCAGGAGCCGUAGGGUUCAAUGUGGGUGACGUCGAGGUCAUUGAAAAUCUGCCAGAACAAACACUAGCUGUAUGUGUUGCUAUGGCUCGUUCUCUUCCGCACAGCCACUUGUCUGUAUUCAAAAACUGCUUGGUUAAAAAGCUUUCUCUUGGCAGCCGAUGCAACCUGCUCGAACAGCUGCCAAUCCCACUGUCUGGAAGUGGUGAGACUCACCUCGAUCACCUUCACCUGACUCACCUUGUCACUGGAUACCAACAACUGCAUGUCGCUGGCUUACUGAUGGAAGCACUGCAGACUCAGGGGUCACUUUCUGCUGAAGCCUGUGGUUCUAGGAUUCUCAAUUCUGUCUACGAGGGAGUUCGUCCGACGGUCAGCGGAAAUACAAACAUUGUCAUGCUCACACCUGCAUCGCAUCAGUUGGCUUCCAAGCUCCUGGAACUAGCGAUAGACCUUGGAAUUCAACACGAAGCGUUGGAAAGAUGUAUCAUUAAGUCUUCCGGUGCAGCUGAUAGUGUGUUGGGCGARGCGUUCUACAGGGCCUUCCAAUCUGCUGUCAAUGGAUAUUUCAUCAAGAAAGAUUCCAACCUUACUAAGCUUAUUUCGUUGUCUGUUGAUCAUCCUAAACUGGUGUGUACCAUGUUAAAUGCUAUCCUGGACCAAGUGUACAGGGAAAAGUYCCUCAGAACCAGAUAUGGUGCUCGUAUUGGUGUCACCGUCUUGGAAUCAUGGAAUACAUUGCACACUCUUUGGUCAUCCUCCAGCUCAAUCGACCUCAAACACUCUUUACUUGAAUUACUUAAGAAGAUUCUCAUGCUUGAUUCCAAGUUUUUAACGGAGCCAGGAAACCCUACAACCAACUCAGUCUUCUCGAUGUACUCCUCRCUCCUGACUGACAGAUCACUGACCCUUGCYUUUAAGAGUCGUGCGCUUGAACUCUUGCCGUAUUUCACAAGAAUGCCACAAGACCAGCUAUCCAGUCUCAGGUCAUGUCUUGAUGCGCUGGUUGCUGACAACUUCCCUCUAAGGUCCACAGAGUUUAUUCCUGGAAGUCCAAAAUACAACGAUUACAUAACUGCAUUGGAUAAGUUGCUUGUAGCACUCGUGUCGUCUGGUAGUUGUCUUCUUCUGCGGCUGUUGUCAAGCAUCAUGUGUCGGGAGGAGAAACACGUGCAUGAAGACCAGAUACAGGCCUCAAUCGUUGGUUUUAUCAAGAGACUCAGUCCCACCCCGUCACAGGCCAAGCAAGCAGUGGAUAUAUGUUACGAGAUAUUCACCAGCGAAUUAGAUCACCGWAAUGAUACUCGACGCGCAGCUGUACUGCGCAUGUGCAUACCGCUGCUGACCAACGCAUCGAAGAAAACUCUGGUUGAGUUUUACAGCUGCCACGUCAAGUCCAUCAUGGGAAUCCUUGAAGCCAAGUCUCUGAGGGUUAGCGAUCCCUCRUACGAAAACCAGUUGAUAUCAAAGCUUGGCUGCUUCAAGCUCAUUGAAGUAUUGUACACUAGACUUAAUAAAAACGAGCURAAUACUCCCCAGUCCCUCAUCAACAAAGCAUACUGUGACCAACCGAAGACUGGGAAGGAGUUGACAAUGGCUAUUACAAAAUGUGCCCAUUCAGUAAAGAGUGAGGAUAUGCGAGGUGAAACAGUCCUACUGGAUCUUCGUAGACAACUGCACUGCUAYGCGUAUAACUCACUGGUGGCUCUUAUCUCCUGUACACAAGUCGAUCAGAAGUUUUAUUUUGGAUUCUUGUUUUCCGAAAACCCAAUCAAGGGUCAGUUUCUUUUCGAUAAUCUCAUUGAUUGCAACAGAAAGUAUGAAUUUGAAACCGUGCUGUCAGCUCCAAUCGCUCGUAAGAAGCAAAUGACGUCAAUAAGAACAGAGGCACGAUCACGUGAUUUUGAAGAAGGCUCGCCGAAUGGAUCGCCUGGUUACACAGGCCGUUCUGUUCGAUAUCUCUCGUCCCAGUACCUUGCUGACAGCAGCUUGAGUGAGGAAGUCAGUCAUUUUGACUUCGCAUUUGCUGCAACCGACGUCACCGAUGCUCCACCAAGUGCUGCUGAUCAAAACACAGAGGAAGAGGAUUUUUUCGAGUCGGUGGAAGACACUGUCGAGAUGGAUGAAUUAAACCAACAUGAAUGCAUGGAAAAGCUAUGUGGUCUUCUGAAACAUCUGAGUAAGAACAAGAUUGGCAUAGAAUCUGAGAAGGAAAUGCCCGGUUGGAUGAAUGCCUUACUGAAAAAGUUUUCCAGUAGUGACACCCAUAUCAACAUUCAGCUUUUCUUGGCCAAACUGAUCGUAAACGAAGCCAAGAUUUUUGAACCUUAUGCCAAGUCCUGGCUGACACCCCUUAUGGAAAUGGUCCUCAAAAUGUUCCAAGACGAGGGACCAAGUGGCAAGGGCCUCAACUACUUUGUUGUCGAUGUACUAGUUACCAUGCUCUUCUGGUCAACCAAGGCCAUUCCCGAGGAUAAAUACCUCGCUAGUAAACUAGUYGAAUCAGUGAUGGCCAGGACUCACCACGAGAAUAGAUCAGUCUUCAGAAACAACCUAGAAAUCGUAAAGACCAUGGUCGAAGUAUGGAAAACAAAGAUCGAGGUUCCGACCAAAGUGAUCUACGAACAUUUAUCUGGUUCUGAUCCAAACAAGAAAGAUAAUGCUACCGGUAUUCAACUCCUUGGUGUUGUUUUGGCCAAUGGGCUUUCUCCUUUUGCAAGAGGAUGCUCUAUAGAUGAAAACAGGUUCUACACAAAACUAGUGAAUAACCUCUCGUUCAAGUACAAAGAUGUCCACGCUGCUUCUGCUGAAGUUAUAGGAAUGGCUUUGAAACAACUAACAAGUGAAAGUAUGAUUUCAGAUAGUCAGCUUCCAGAUAUGGUAACAUCAAAGCUGUUGUCUUUGCUUUCAUCUACCGCUCAAGACACGAGUAAAUUCAUCACGUGUGUGCAUAAACUACAGAUAAACUACCCUCCAAUCAUGGACAAGUUCAUCAGCCGUAUCCUCUUCAUUCUACCAACCGUCCAUGGUACUUUCAAGACACUCUGUUUGGAGAUUAUUCUAUCACGUGCUAGUAACAUACAGGAUUUGAUGCAACAGCUGAGGAACAAGGGAUUGAAGGAGAUGCUUCUUCAUAGGGAUGAAGCGACACAACUUGCGUUACUGAAGAUUAUCCACAGUCUGCUUGAAAAACUAACAAUGCGUGACAUAGAGUAUGUCAUGCCAUCCAUCACAGCUAUGUCCACCAAUCCCAGCACAGCAUGUCGUGACAUCAUGUAUGACAUCCUUAUAUGGAUAUAUGACACCUACAGAUCUGACAGUUCGUUCAGUGAAGAGGAAGGUUCUGAAGCAAUACUCGCCACAACCAAAGAUUACUUGCUGCGAGGUUUGGUUGAUGAAAAUAAAGAACUKAGGUUGAAGCUUCAGAACUUCUGGAGUGAUGAGACACGUUUGCCUAGCACCACCCUGGAGAGGCUCGUGGAUGUCCUGCGUGCCAUGUAUUCACCAAACACAGAAUCACAGUAUCUCAGCUACACUACCAACCUGAUUCUGCAUCUCACAUCGCUGAGCCCUGAUUUCAACAGGCUCAUGUUUGAACAACCGCUUUCUGAGUGCAAGUUUGAGGACUAUCCCAUCGAUUACUCGUGGCAGCAGCGUCAUCUCACCAUGACMCCCCUGUUUGCUGCUACUCAAGGAAGCACACAAGCAUCAGGAWUGAGUCAAAGUCAGGGUGGGUCAUCUAUGGAGGCUGGUUUCGUUAGAGCAACACAAACGAAUGACUUUACGCMAACACAGGAUCCAGGGAAAUCUCAGGCUUUUGAUUGGCUCAAUCCAACUAGUCAGGGAGAGAGCCAAUCUCUACGCCAGUCCUUCACGGUUGGAACAUCCGAAACCCAGUCUUCUCUAUUGUUUGCUACCAAAUCAAGGGACGCAUACAGGAGAYGUAAGCCUGUACCCAACGACUUUGGUUCCCAGCGAUUAGGCUCUUCUCAAGCAAGCACAGCCUCUGAAACUGAUGGAACACAAGAUUCAAGUGAACAAAAAGAAAUUUUGAGGCUGAAAAGACGAUUCCUGAAAGACGAUACUUCGAGUCGAAAUUAUUUUGCAAAACGUGAAGCCAUGAGAAAGAAAAUGAGAGAAGAAGUGAAAAACCGCCAGCAAGCAUCACGUGACAGUCACGUGGUCAUGUACAGGAAGUAUCGAGCUGGAGAUCUGCCUGAUAUCCAGAUCAAACAUUGUGAACUUAUAGCKCCUCUUCAAGCUGUUGCUCAGUGUGACAGUACCAUUGCUAAGCACCUCUUCAGCUCUUUGUUUCAAGCGAUUUUUACAGAGGCUGAACACGAAGGAGAGGCUUGUMUAUCAGAUCUUCAAUCAGCUCUCAACAACAUGGUCACCACUUCUACACAAUAUUUCCCAGCGUUUGUUUCUAGUAUCCAGUCUAUUUGUUUCAACGUGUCCAAACUGACCAUCGAACCAUCGUCAGUGAGCACCGCUUCUCUGACCAGCCUCCAGCAGCCAAUGGGGAUCAUGCUACUGGAAAAACAACUGCUACAGAAUACGGAAGAAGAACCAAAAAAACGAAAACGAGCCAGGGUUGAAGCAGCUCCUCCAUCUGGGACCACUGCUACAUGGUUGGAAUUGGCCAAGUUAUACCGAUCUAUCGGAGAGUAUGAUGUCCUACAGGGGAUAUUUAGUGGUCAUAUUGGUACACAAGAUCUGACUAGAAAAGCACUGGAGGCUGAAGCACGGGGCGACUACUCCCAGGCACUCAAGCUGUACAAUCAGGCAAUAUCCUGCGAGGAAUGGCCAAAUGGUGAACCACAACAGGAAGAAGAAGAUCUUUGGCACGACGCAAGACUUCAGUGUUUUGAUCGUCUUACUCAAUGGRACAAUCUAGACAAGUUUUCAAAGAGCAACAUCGAUGAUGCAGACCCCCCGGAUCUGGACAAAGUAUGGUCAGACACCUUUUACCAGGAAAACUAUCUUCCAUUUAUCAUCCGAAGCAAGCUCAAACUUUGCUGCAAAGGAGAAGAAAGCACUGACUUUAUUCAGUUCUUGAAUCGUGCUGUACAAGUUGAUGAGAGAAAAGCAUUUCUUGAGAGCCGUCACAGUGAAGACUUGGCGCUGCUACACAUACUGCAGGGUGAUUAUGACAGAGCCAGAUAUUAUAUAGCCAACUGUUUCCAAGGAUUUCUCAUGGACUGGGCAGCACUUGACUCUAUGAUGAUAGCAAGUCGAUCAUCAAAGCUACAGUCUUUACAAAAAAUYACUGAAAUGCAGGAGUUCCUGGAAUUCAUUGCUAACGAAGAUAAUUUUAGCGACAAUCAUGCCGUCAAUCAACUGUUCUCUAAGUGGUCAUCAAGAUAUCCUGAUCCAAAGCUUCAUCCAAUCAGCGUCUGGGAUGACAUCAUCACCAACAGAUCUGAGCCAAUGGAUAUAGAGGACACACAGGAAGACAGCCCUGGCUACCAUCUUACAAAAUCCAAAGAAACCAUGAAGCUAAGGUUUCUACGUGAAAAGGUUUUACUUCAGUUAAAAAUGRCUGAAACUGCAAAGGAACAGGCUAAUUUUCCUGUUGCCAACAAGCAUCUUAGGGAAGCGUUGCAAGUAAUUAACGAGGAUCUUAGUGCUAACAAUGACAACCUGCUGAUUAGUUGGACGCAUGCGUAUGCCGCUAUGCACCACAAGAAGUAUCACGGGCUCAAGACUGUAGAAUCAAUAGAAACUGCCUUGUCAACCAUCGCACAGCUAGGUAUCUAUUCAUUAGACCGUUUUCUCGAGCUUGCGUGCGCAUCCAAAUUUAAGAUCAAGGGAGAGACCUCCAACAAAACCUACUCAUGUGAUAGCAAUUCAAGGAAUCGAACCAGAGACCCGAGAUUUGAAAUGGUAGUGUACACCUGCCACACCAUUAUGCCCAAUAAUUUCACAUCUAAAAAUAGCACAUUCACUAGCUCCUGUUCAAUAUUAUGCCUUCUAUUGCUCAGUUUUGCCAUGAUAGAAGCCAUGAUGGCAAUGGUGAAAUUCUGUGAUUCUGCUUUACGAAAGAAAGAAAAUGAUGCAAACAGUGCACCAGAAAUCGACAUGAAGCUUUUYCCAGGUAUUGUGGUACGGUAUGUCCUGAAGGCGAUGACAUAUUGUUCAGAGGAGGCACGACAAAGAUUCCCUAGGCUCCUACAGCUAGUAGAGCUUUAUCCAGAUACUCUUGAUGCUUUUAUUAAAAAAGCAUCUGUUGUUCCAUGCUGGAUGUUCAUUGGCUGGAUCAAUCAAAUGGUUGCCUUGAUGGACAAGAAGGAAGGUCGAGCUGUGCAUGGGAUCUUGAAUGAGAUAGCCACCAAAUAUCCACAGGCUCUUUGCUAUCCAUUCAAGAUCAGCAGCRAGCAGUUUGUCUUUGAUAAUUCUAAAACUGGCAAAACUAACAAAGAGGCUGUGGACAGACUUCAUGCUAUACUGGAAAUCCCUCUUCUCAAUGAUUUUAUUGCCUCGUUAGAACAGAUGCAAAACCCARAGUUAGCCUUUGAGGAUUGGAGUAAAAACAUGAGGCCACUCAUUGAAGACAAAAAUAUUGCUGCAGCAGAACAGUGCUACAUGGRAAUGUUGAAAAAUCUGUUUGGUGAUGAAAGGACCAAAGAUAGGAGUCUCAAGAAAAGAGGACAAGAGAUGGGAACAUACAGAAGAAGAUUUGCACAUAAAUAUGCAGCAGAUGUUAAAAAAGGGUUUGGCCAGGAUGGAAGCAAGUUGAAAACCAUAAGCUUGAAGGAUUUUAAUGAUAAAGUCAAAGGUUUUAUAAACCGUAUGAAGUACAAGCCGGAAAAUGCACCUGGUAACUUGAAGGAGUACUCGCCUUGGCUCUUGAGUUUCCAGUCAAGUAAUUACACUCAAAGGCUUGAAAUUCCUGGCCAGUACACUGGACGUGGAAAACCCCUGACAGAGUAUCAUGCUAAGAUUGCUGGCUUCGAUGAAAGGGUUCUCGUGAUGACAUCAAUUCGCAAACCAAAGCGACUCACAAUCCGUGGUGAUGAUGAGAAAGAUUACAUGUUCCUAGUGAAGGGAGGAGAGGACUUGAGAUUGGAUCAGCGAAUUGAGCAGCUCUUCUGUCUAAUGAACGACAUACUAGCCGCUGACCCAGCCUGCAAACAACGUAAUCUUCAUUUGAGGACCUACCAAGUUGUACCCAUGACUCCUCGAGUGGGUUUGAUUGAAUGGGUGACCAACACAAGACCACUAAAAGAAUUUAUAUCACAAGCGAUGACACCUGGAGAAAGACAACAGAGAGUCACUGAUAAACCACGUGAGUUGCAUGACAGGUGGCUGAGAAAGUAUGCAAAUGUUGAUGAUAACUCUAAAUACCAUGUUAUGUACAGUAAAGCAAGUCGAACAGAAGUAGAAUUUGACUUCCACGAGAAACAAGCAUUCGUGCCAUGGGAUUUAUUAAGGCGAGCCUUUGAGCAGUUGUCAGCAUCACCAGAAGCCUACUUGAUGCUUCGUUCCCACUUCGCCCGUAUGCAUGCAUGUUUAUGUAUCUGUCAAUACCUGAUUGGGAUCGGUGAUCGACACUUGUCAAACUUUAUGGUGGACAUUAAGACUGGAGGAAUGGUUGGCAUUGACUUUGGUCAUGCUUUUGGUUCUGCUACACAGUUCCUAYUCAUUCCUGAGCUUAUGCCAUUCCGUCUAACACGUCAAAUUGUGAACUUUCUCUUGCCGUUGAAAGAAAGUGGCUUGUUGCGCAGCACGAUGAUCCAUACUCUAAGAGCCCUGCGAGAGAAUCACGAACUGCUUCUCAGCACUAUGGAUGUGUUUGUGAAAGAACCGCUACUCGACUGGAAGGAAUGAAAUAAGGUUGGGCCAUAAGAACAGGAAAUGGAUAGACGCCAUGGAGACUGUCUGUAUCGGUGAUCCAAACGUCAACAUACGAGCUAAGAAGCCUGAGGUUGGGUUGCCUGUGGAGGAUCAAGUUGACUGUCUCAUCGAUCAAGCAACUGAUUCAAAUAUUCUCGGAAGAACUUACCAUGGAUGGGAACCUUGGAUGUGAUUUGUCUAUUGGAUUGCUGCUUGACUAUGAUUGGUUCAGCGCCUAGCUAAUUCCAAUAUUCUUGGAAGAACCUACAUGGGGUGGGCUCCUUGGAUGUGAUUGGUCAAUUAGCUUGCGGCUUGACUUUGAUUGGUUCGACCAACCCCUUGGUUGUAAUUGGUUUAUUAACUUGUUGUGUGCCUGUUGCUUUAUGGACUUAUAUCCUUAUCUGCCAUUUCUACUUGCCACUUCAGUGCCAUUGGUUGAUAAUCCUGAAACUUCAAUGUGAUUGGUCCAUUGACUGGCAGCUUGAAAAUUAUUGGUCAAGUUGAAGUGGUUCUAAGCACUUCUAAAGACUUCUUUCACAUGGAUCAGUGGCUCCAAAUAUUACACCUAAUUCUAAACGAAGUUGACUAGCUUCAUAUUAAUUAGUAAUUAGUGUUUCACGGAUUUACUGUGGUCACUCUAAAGGCCGGUUUAGACGGUACGAUUUUCGCCUACAACUCUCGUAUACAACACGCUCGCCUCUGUCGUAGGCGAGUUGUAGGCUUGAUUUACACGCUACGACUCGAGUUGUAGAAUGACGCAAGCGUGUUGUAUACGAUAGCUGUAGGCGAAAAUUGUACCGUCUAAACCAGCCUUAAGACAUGAUUUUUUGUGUUCUCUCACUUACUUUGACUUCAUCAGAAAUAUAAAUAAAAUUACAAUAAGUGUGAUAUAGUAAUUCAUAAAAAAUUAACAUUCAUAAAGGUACAUAAAAAAUAACGAUCCAUAUAUAGUCGUAUAUUUGAUUAAAGAGAUAAAAAUGCAA